AUACCUACAUAUCAAUGUUACAUAUUUUGAAUUCAUCAUGAAUUUUAAAAUAUUUAUUAUAUCCUUAUUUGUUAUAAUCAAAGUGAUUAGUGGAGAAGAAGAAAAUGCCAAUACCAUUAUUACCACACCAAUGGGUAAAAUUGAAGGUUCCAUACCGUUUCAAACUAGAUUGGGUAGAGACAUAUUUUCCUUCAGAGGUAUCAGAUACGCUAAGGCUCCUAUUGAUGACUUAAGAUUCCAGCCACCUGUAGCUGUUCAAAAGUAUGAAGGAAUCUAUAAUGCAACAGCUGAUGGACCUACUUGUCCCCAACCACCAUUUUUAGCCCCUUCAUCUGAGGAUUGUUUGUUUUUAAAUGUCUACACAACCAAGUUACCACGCAAGAAUAAAAAUCCGAAACGCCCCGUAAUAAUUCAUUUACAUUCGGGUGGUUUUUACAGUGGCACGGAGCGUAGCAAUUGGGGCGGACCGCAGUAUUUCAUGGACAGGGAUAUCGUAUUGAUUACGAUGAACUACCGAUUAGGGUCUUUAGGAUUUAUGUCAACUGGCGAUAGGUUCGCUCCUGGCAACAACGGUCUUAAAGACCAAGUAGUGGCAAUGAAAUGGGUCCAAAAAAAUAUCGAAGCCUUCGGAGGUGACCCAAAAUCCGUCACCCUAAUGGGCUACAGCGCAGGAUCUUGGAGCGUACUUUUGCAUAUGGUAUCACCCAUGUCCAAAGGGUUAUUUCAUAAGGGAAUUGCCAGUAGUGGGUCUUAUUUGGGGAUAUAUCCUCUACCUAAAGCUCAGUUGCAAUAUGCUCAGAAGCAAGCACAAAUUUUAAAGUGUCCUGAUGAUACCUCAGAAAACAUCAUUAAGUGUUUAAAAACCAAAACUGCUGAGGAGCUUGGCAAUUCUUUGUUUCAAUUCUUUGAAUUCGGCAAUAACCCUAUUUUAUUAUGGUCCCCUGUUAUAGAGGGUGAUUUUGGGCAGGAAAGAUUUCUACCAGAUCAACCCCUAAAUUUAAUCAAAGACGGUAAAGUUAUGGAUAUACCGCUUAUUACUGGAGUUACCAAGGAUGAAUUUCAUGGACAAGCUAUUGACAUUAUUAAUAAUGGUACUUUGCUGGAUGAUCUGGACAAAAAUUGGGAAAAAUUGGCACCAAUAUGCUUCAGCUAUGAAAGGAAUACGGACAAAUCUAAACUUGUAAGCAAAAAAGCUAGGGAAUUUUAUGUACCAGAAAAAAAACUUUCCAAUUUGUCGCUUAAAGGUCUUUCAGAGAUAUUUGCUGAUGGUGUGGUUGGAUACAGUGUUAACAGAAUUACAAAAUUGUUAUCAGAAACAAUAAAAAGUCCAGUAUAUCACUAUAGAUUCAGCUACCAAGGGAGGUACAGCCAUAUUAAUAUACCAGGAACUGAUACUCCAGCAGGUGUAGCUCAUCAUGACGAUCUAAUUUAUACGUUUUACAUCUCAACGAUUUUUCCAUAUUUUAACACAACCGAUCCAGAGUUCAAAGUAUCAACAAAAUUGACAACACUGUUUGAAAACUUUGCUAAAACUGGAAAUCCAACACCUAUGAACCACCACUUACUAAACCAUGUAAAAUGGGAGCCAUAUAAGAGAAACACCCAGAAGUAUUUGGACCUUGGAGAAAGAUUUGAGUUGAAGGAAAAAUUAUACGAGAAAAGAUACAAUUUCUGGGAAUCCCUUUAUCCUAUAGACAAAAUAUAAAUUUAUGUAGAUACAUGUACACUAAUAAAAUUCUUUGAUAAUGGGAAUUUUUAUUAAGAAAUAUUAUAAAUAUUAUUAUUAAUA